AUACAGGCUAAACAUUCCUUCGGCUACUCAUGAAAGUAAGUUGUUUUGAGGGUGGCAACCAAAAGUGGCAACUGAGAGGUGACGUGUGCAAUUUCUGCAAAGUCUGCUGGUAGGCUUAUAAUUGUAGUCUAGUAGUAGCCCAGUCUACAUCAGUGCUGCCGUUCUCCAGGUAUGGUAAACUGACGGUCCUUUUAUUUUUGUGUGUUCCUCCUAAUAGGCUGUAAGGUUUUGUGUUGCCUACAUUUACAGCUCAUGUUUAUAUCUCUUCACUUUCAGGAAGCAUAAAUAUGACGCAGAGACAGUUUAGCCCGAACAGGCAAAUGUUACCGAAAGCGUUUCAUACGGGCAGCUUUAUGACCCUGAAAUUGUUUUACAGUGCGUUUAUCUUUUUUGUUUUUUGUUUUUAUUGCGCUGUUUCUGUGAAAAUAAGGUGAAUGCGCAGCCAACAAAGUAAUCUCGGGUAAGCAACUACUUCCACUUGAUAGCCUAUCAAAACACUGACACUGUACCAAUAUUUGAUUUCAUAUUGAUGUGUCAGGGUAUUUCCUUAAAGACGCUGGAGUGGAGUAGUGAUCAUGAAGUAAGAGUCGUUUGCUUCUCCUUUUCUCCCCUACACUCACCUUCACGUGGACUGCUUCAUGCAGGCAGGCGACACAGUCAAAACAACAACAGCAGAGCAAACUUGUUUACUCAUACUGUAAACAUAUAGCAUUCUUCAAUAUGAUGAUAUGAUAUGUUGAAUAUUUUUUAGCUCAUUAUGAUACAUGAAAAAGAGCCACAGUGGUGCUUUGAGGUUUAAAAAAAAUAUAAACUAUAACGUUUACUUUAUUACUAAUAGUUCUGUCUGUGUUUUUUUAUUUUUCAAACAAGCCAAAAGUUAAAUUGCCCAUCACAUAUUUCCAGUGGUAAAGGUGACAUCAUAAAAUACCUUGUUUUGUCUGACUAACAGUAAGAAGAUGGAACCAGCCAAUUUUGCUUACAUUUAAAAAAAACAAAACUACAUAAAUAGUUGAAUGUUAAUUUUCUGUCAAUCUAGUAACCAAUUAAUCAACAAAUUGCUGCAGCUCUAAUUCUCAUAAAAAAUGUUGUCAGGAACACUCCUUUGCAGCAUGAUAGAAUACAUUUGACCCAACAAUUAAAUUAAUCAUUCUGAUUGUAAACCUUGAACAACAUAAGUUUGAAAAUGAUUGAUUGUGACUGAAGGUGUAGGCCCUAUGUCCUAAUUCCUACCGCAGUAAUAAUCCUCCACUGAGUAAUACGUCUCUAAAUUAAAAGGUCUGAGUGAAUGGACCUUUGCUACUAUGAGUCUGCACACAUCUAUAUGUGUGUCGUGCCUUAGUUUAGGAAUAAAAUCAAGUUACCUUAAGUUCACACUCAGAACUUUUUGUCAAGUGGUAGUUGGGUGCUAUGACAUGAGCUGGAAGGAGGAAUUUAAAAUGAGAAGUAAAACUCACAAAAGAAACACAUCACAUGACUAAAGAGGUGUUAAACACCAGAGUCAGGUGUGUAACAGUUGGCUGAGAUCAGAGCUUCCCAACAACAAUCACCUUGUUAAAACUGCACCGCAAAUCCACCUCUGCUAAAUCAGAAGGAGUAAUAAGCAGUAAUCUACACUUUAAACAAAGCAGGAGAGCUCAUUUAUGAUCAGCAUGAUGAAAAAACCUGCUGGGCAAGAAGGGCUAGGCACGUAAACUGUCACAUUGUUUAGGGAGCACACACACACAAGGAGAAAUGUAUGCUCUUCCCUCCAGCUGUAAGCCUGAAGGAGAAGGGAAGCGUUUCAACAGGAGCAACAUUAGCUCUCAGACUGAAUGCUGUAAUGAGUUGGACAAUAUUUGGUCUCCAACAAGACAAGAGAGAAUCAGUCUGGGAGAAUACAACCACCACAUACUUCUGGGAGACAGCAGUGAUCCCUUUGAGCAUUCAGCCAUGGACACAGAACAGCUGCUCCGGUUGAUGGAGACCAGGUUGUACAUGCGGCGGUGGGUCAUGCUAUUCGUCUUCAGCGCCCUCUCCACGAGCAACGCCUUCAUGUGGCUGCAGUACAGCAUCAUCAACAACAUCUUCAUGCGCUUCUACAAAAUCGACACCCAGGCCAUCGACUGGCUCUCCAUGAUCUAUUUCCUCACCUACAUCCCCCUCAUCCUUCCCGUCAUGUGGGUGCUUGAUAACCGAGGCAUGAGGGACGUUAUGGUUGUGGGCUCAGCCUUCAACUGCAUCGGGGCGUGGAUCAAGACGAGCACGGCCCAGCCCAGCAUGUUUGCCAUGACCUUCUUCGGCCAGUUUGUGUGUUCGAUGGCUGCUGUUUUUAUCCUGGGCAUCCCAUCCAGACUUGCGUCCCUGUGGUUUGGGCAGCAGGAAGUGUCCACCGCCUGUUCCAUUGGCGUUCUGGGAAACCAGAUGGGUAUUGCCAUUGGGUUCCUGAUCCCACCCAUCCUUGUUCCAAAUGUGGACGAUAUAAAUGAGCUGGAGCACUACAUCAGAAUCAUGUUCUACAUCAGCGCGGGAGUGGCCACCUUCAUCUUUAUCCUCGUUGUCAUUGUGUUUCAGGAGAGACCAGAAAUUCCUCCCACUCAGGCCCAGGCUCAGGCCAGGAACAUCCCCCCUGACGAGUACUCUUACACAGCUUCUGUCUUGAGGCUGCUGCGCAACAAGCCCUUCAUGCUCCUGGUGGUCAGCUAUGGGCUCAACGUUGGCUGCUUCUAUGCUGUUUCCACACUGCUGAAUCGGAUGGUCAUUGAACACUAUCCUGGUGAAGAGGUGAAUGCUGGGAGAAUUGGUCUGACCAUUGUCGUUGCUGGUAUGGUGGGGUCCCUCAUAUGUGGCGUUUGGCUGGACAAGACCAAAACCUACAAACAAACCACCUUGGUCGUCUAUCUCCUCUCUCUGACGGGGAUGCUGGUCUACGCCUUCACCCUCAACCUGGGUUACUUGUGGGUGGUGUUUGUCACAGCUGGAGUUUUAGGCUUCUUCAUGACAGGAUAUCUACCUCUGGGCUUUGAGUUUGCAGUAGAGCUCACCUACCCAGAAUCAGAGGGAACCUCAUCUGGACUGCUUAACUGUUCAGCCCAGAUCUUUGGAAUCAUUUUCACCAUCUCCCAGGGGAAGAUCAUCGAUCAAUGGGGCACUUUGGCCGGAAACAUCUUCCUGAGUAUUUUUCUCCUAAUAGGAGCAGUAAUGACAGCAUUCAUCAAGUCUGACCUCAGAAGACAGAAGGCCAACCUACAGGCUGAGGUGCGGAUAGCGAAUCCUACAGGCUCCGUGUCAUCGAUGCAGGACUACGGAACCACAGAGUGCAGCAGCCCUUGGCAACAGCUGUCUUGACAUAAACCCACAACCUCACUAAAACCAAAACACACACCUGCCAAGGUAGGGACACACACACUUUCUGAAGUUUCAACACCAGAACUGCAGUGCAUUCUACUACUACUGCUUCACAGUCGGCUCUUAAAUUAAAAAGGUUCACUGUCUGGUACUGCGGAAGGAAACGAUGUAUACUGGGAUUUCAACCUUAUAUAAAAGGCAUUAUGAAGAUGAAAUUAAGGAAAACUCAUUUCUAGCCAUAGUGUUUUUUGUUUUCACUGUGCAUUCACUUGUUUUUUGCUUUAAUCAAAUCAAUGUUUUAAAGAAAAUGUAAAGAGUUAAUUACAUGCGUGAUUAACCGACAGUACUGGAUUUCAAUGGAAGAUAAGUUUUAUGUCUAAUACUAACGUAAUGUAUGGAAUAAUUUUGGUUUAUGUUUGUUCUGUUCUCUUUCUGAAUGCAAUGAACAGGUGCGUGAACAGGUGUCUUUUCAUUAAAAAAAACUUUUUACUCAUUUGUUGGACAAUUGUUCUCUGUCCUCAUCCUUUACAGGAAGUGACCGCUGAUCUUGAAGGCGCCGCUCUGCCUGAAAUCCUUAAAGAGAGGAAGCUUUAAGGAGGACAGACAAACUCGGACAGACUCGUCAACAUGCAUAAACAAGCACACAUGACCAUGGAGGAAGAGAACCUGCAGUGAAGAGUGAUCACAUGGAGAGUGAAUCGUACUGAGCAGCCCUCUUUGAGGCUUUAUGAUUGGUGAAGUAAUAACCAGCAGACCUGCUGUAUAUUUUUGCACUGUACAAAACUAUGUACUGUAUGGACUCUGGCUUGAACACCAGAGAUUCACACUGAUAUCCCAAGUGCAACUUAGCUCAUCCCAAAGCAAGCACAAGUCAGUCAUGCACAACGGGAACACACCUGGAAAGUCAAUAGUUUUUAUAGUGUCUUUUGAAAACAUACAUUUUAUCCAUUGUAUGCAUUUUCCAUGUCUCGUUAUUGCAAUGCAACUGCCACUUUAGUGACAUCUCUAACUAAAUUCAACUUUUAACUGAGUAGUUUCCUAGGUCCCCCUCUGGUAGGUGUUAAUGUAGUGUUCUAUGCAUCUAAUGAGCAAUAUGUGUUUCCUAAAAUUGGACCAAAGCUGUCUCAAUCAUCUCAAGCUGAAGACAUUCAUUUUAAUGUUCUGUUUUUAGAGUAUACAUGUUAAAUGCAGACAAAUAACUGAGACAUGUUUUCCUGUCAUGGCAGUCAGGUUAGAUCCUCUCUGCCUGCCAUUCAGGAUCACAUGGAAGUGUUAAUUCUGAAUACUGCUGAUUGGUGAGUACACUCUUGAAGUUCAGUUAUGUCCUUGUUUUACUGUAAAUGAUAUCUGCAAGACAUUAAUAACUUAUAAAUAUCUGGGUCAGUGAGAGCAUCUGAAACAUUAAGAAUGUCAGCACAUGAAACAUGAAGGAUGAGGCUAAUCUAUCUACUGCAGUUUGCACAAGACAAUGUUUUAUGUAUAAUACUCUUAACUUGUAGAUGUGUUACUGAGAAAUGUAGUACAAGCUGUGUAACCAGUGUUUAUACAGCCUGUAAUUACCAUGUUUUGCUUGAUGUGACUAGUUUUCUUUUCCUAUUGUAUGAUUGUUAUGUGAUUUUGAGAGCUGCUAUUUCUUUCCUUUCAGUUGGAACUUUCAGGACACUUAACAGUGCUGUGAAAAGUAGCGCUUUCUAUGACACUUAAGAAAUACGAGAAUUAAUCAAUUAAAAACAUGAGUGGACUCAAAG